UCUCUGCCGGCCGCUGCGACCAUGGACCGGAGCACCGACCCGCUCACACUUACUAACUUUUAGCGUCUGCUGUCACCUCCAGCAAAACGGAAUCUGCAGCUGGGAGGAGAAUGGGGGAGGUGGAGGGCUCGUACCGGGUCCUGCAGACCCCCGGGACGCGGCUGGGAGCCCAGUUCAACGCCGGGAUCAGCACCCUGGAACCGGGCCAGAGCCUGGGCGGCCCCGCGGGACCAGGGACCCGGGCCCACGGCCGGGGCCUGCAGAUCCGCGUGCAGGGACUGGACGACUCCCAGGAGUUCUUUGACAUAGAUCCAAAGGCCCUUGGACAGUCUCUCCUUUCUGAGGUUUUCCACAGAGGCAACCUCAUUGAGAGUGAUUACUUUGGCCUCGAGUUUCAGAACAUGCAGAUGAACUGGGUUUGGCUGGAACCCACCAAACCCGUUGCAAAGCAAGUUAGAAGGCCAGCAAAUACACUGUUCAGACUGUCUGUUAAAUUCUUUCCGCCUGACCCCGGUCAACUGCAAGAAGAAUACACAAGGUACUUAUUCUCCCUGCAAAUGAAAAGGGAUCUGAUGGAGGGCAGGUUGAUCUGCACAGAAAACACUGGAGCUCUGUUGGCCUCUCACCUUGUUCAGUCGGAGAUUGGUGACUACGAUGAUGCGGCGGACAGAGACUUCCUGAGGACGACCAAGCUGCUGCCGUACCAGGACAGGGUGCAGGAGAGGGUCAUGGAGCUGCACCGCAGGCACUUCGGCCAGACUCCUGCUGAAUCCGACUUCCAGAUCCUAGAGAUCGCCCGUAAGCUGGAAAUGUACGGCGUCCGCUUCCACCCGGCAGCCGACCGGGAGGGCACGAAGAUCAACCUGGCCGUGGCUCAUCUGGGACUGCAGGUUUUUCAGGGCAGCACCAAAAUAAAUACCUUUAAUUGGUCCAAGAUUCGCAAACUGAGCUUCAAAAGAAAACGGUUUCUGAUCAAGCUUCACCCAGAGGUCCAUGGCCCCCAUCAAGACACUCUGGAGUUUCUGAUGUCCAGUCGGGAUCAGUGUAAGGUCUUCUGGAAGGUCUGCGUGGAAUACCACUCCUUCUUCCGCCUGCUUGAUCAGCCCAUGCCCAAAACCAAAGCAGUCCUGUUCACUCGAGGUUCCUCCUUCAGAUACAGUGGAAGGACCCAGAAGCAGCUGGUGGACUACGUGAGGGAGAACGGCGUGAAGAGAACCCCGUACCAGAGGAGGAACAGUAAGAUCAGGAUGUCUGCUCGCUCCUUCACAUCAGAUGUGCCAAAGCAUCACUUGUCAUUCAAUGACAGUCUCAGGGCCCCCGGCUCCCCUUCCUCCAGUAGCGUGUCCUUCAGCCCGGCGCACAUGUCUAGCAUUCUCCUGCGAUCAGAACUGCAGCCCCAGCCCCAGCCACUGUCCGCCCUGAGCCCGUCUCCAGCGCCGACCCAGCAGCUCCAGCACGCCCUGCAGCAGGCGGGACCCCCCAGCCCGCCGAAGGAAGACUGUGUCAAGGCCGCUUCCCCGUCACACUUCUCUUUCCAAGAUACGGUGGUGGACAGUCCCCAGCUCUCACCCCUCACCUCCAAGGGUCCCGUCUGCGUGUCGCCCUCCUUCCAGAUGUCCACCCUCAGCCUGCCCAGCCAGGCCCCGUCGCCCCUGCAAAGCCCCAUCCUGAGUGAGGUGGGCAGCAAUGCCAGGCUAGAGGAGGAGGAGGAGGGAAGGAGGAAGCGAUACCCCACCGAUAAGGCCUACUUUAUUGCCAAAGAGAUUCUGACCACAGAGCGGACGUACCUGAAGGACCUGGAGGUCAUCACCGUGUGGUUCCGAAGUGCUGUGAUCAAAGAAAAUGCCAUGCCCGAGGGUCUGAUGACCCUGCUGUUCUCCAACAUCGACCCCAUCUACGAGUUCCACCGAGGCUUCCUGAAGGAGCUGGACCAGCGGCUGGCUCUGUGGGAGGGGCGAUCAAACGCUCACGUGAAAGGUGAUUACCAGAGGAUCGGUGACGUGAUGCUGAAGAACAUGUCUGCUCUCAAGGAGUUCACCAGCUACCUGCAGAAACACGAUGAGGUGCUGACGGAGCUGGAGAAAGCCUCCAAGAGGCUGAAGAAGCUGGAGACGGUCUACAAAGAGUUUGAGUUACAGAAGGUGUGCUACCUGCCUCUCAACACAUUCCUGCUGAAGCCCAUCCAGCGGCUCAUGCACUACAAGCUCAUCCUGGAGCGGCUCUGCAAGCAUUACUCCGCUGCUCACCGGGACCUGGAUGACUGCAAGGAGGCCCUGAAGGAAGUGGCGGACAUCGCCACUCAGCUCCAGAGCAGUCUCAUUCGGCUGGAGAACUUCCAGAAGCUGACGGAGCUGCAGAGAGACCUGAUUGGCAUCGAGAACCUGACGGCGCCGGGCCGGGUGAGUGCACCGACGCAGGGCCGGGGGCAGGGGGAGCAGCUCCACCUGCUAACAGCAGCGUCUGACCGUCGCUCUCUCUCACAGGAGUUCAUCAGGGAGGGAUGUCUGUACAAGCUCACCAAGAAAGGGCUGCAGCAGAGGAUGUUUUUCCUGUUCUCAGACCAGCUCCUCUACACGAGCAAGGGUGUCACGGCAACCAACCAGUUCAAAGUGCACGGACAGCUGCCCCUCCACGGCAUGAUCGUGGAGGAAAGUGAGAACGAGUGGUCCGUCCCACACUGUUUCACCAUCUACUCUGCUCAGAGGACGAUCGUGGUGGCGGCCAGCUCCAAAGUGGAGAUGGGGAAGUGGAUUGAGGAUCUAAACAUGGCUAUUGACUUGGCCAAGAAGUCUCAGGAGAAAUCCAGUAUUUUCCUGGAUGCUGGCCUCAGCGAUCAUUCCAACCGGUCGUCUGACGAGGUUUCUCUGGAGCAGGAGUCAGAGGAUGACAUGAACUCCUCUCGCACCUCACUGGACAGGCAGACGCAUCACCGUGCCAACACAACCAUGCAUGUGUGCUGGCACCGCAACACCAGUGUGUCUAUGUCUGAUCACAGCCUGGCUGUGGAGAACCAGCUGUCAGGUUACCUGCUGAGGAAGUUCAAGAACAGUAACGGCUGGCAGAAGCUCUGGGUGGUGUUCACCAACUUCUGCUUGUUCUUCUACAAGACCCACCAGGACGACUUCCCGCUGGCCAGCCUGCCACUGCUCGGCUACACGGUCAGCACCCCCGAGGAGUCGGACAGCAUUCACAAGGAGUACGUCUUCAAGCUGCAGUUCAAGUCUCACGUUUACUUCUUCAGAGCGGAGAGCGAGUAUACUUUUGAGAGAUGGAUGGAGGUGAUCAAGAGCGCGGCGAGCACCACGGGCCGGAUGAGCCUGCUCAUACCUAAAGGCCCCAUGGAGAUGAAUGGAAACUGAACACAUGGCUGUGCAUCUGGAGGCUGGGCCUCUGGGAUACCGGUGUCAUUUUUAAGUGAAGUAAAUAUGUGGAUGAUUAAGUGCUAAUAUUUCUCAGCUUUGUUCUAAUGGUUUGUGCAUUUUCUUUCAAUAGUGAUAUAACUUUUUUUUUUCCAGCAUAAGGGAAAUAAUGAAAGGGAGAUGUGUACAUUAUGAUCAGUUUUGUAAUUUGCUCUGGUUUGUUUUGUUUUUUUUUGCAUGUGUAGAGCCUGUUUUGGUUGUUCACAUAGACUGAUUGGAAAUACAGUUUUAUGGGACCAGCCACAUAACAAAUGGCUUACAUUUUGACUUUUUGAAGGACUUUUUUUCUUCUUUUUUUUUUUUUUUUUUUGAUCAGCACCUCAUAACAAACUUUAUUGGGUGCGUGACCAUCUUAUGACUGGAAUACAGAAGAAAAACAGUAUGUGGGACAUGAAAGUACAGCGAGCACGUGCUCUGUUCAGCGUCACUUGAAGGACUUGCGGGAGUUUUGUGCGUGCGGUGGAGGCGAACAGACGGGUAAUGAAAUGUUCAGCCACGUCGGGGACUGGAGGUCGGGACCCUCUGUGAAAUUGGUGCCGUUGCUUUGAAAAGGGAUUCGGCUUCAGCCGUUUUGAACUGCUGGAAUAAAGCAGGAGGGAUUUCUCAAACUGAGAUUGGGAUCCAGUUUGGACAUUUUAGUAACUCACUAAUGGAAAGAUGCAAUCAGUGUUUCAAAUGCUCAAAUAGGGCAGUUCUGUUUAGUGCUUCGAUUAGCUAGGCAGCCAGUUUGAUGCUUCUAUACUUUGUUUAUUAUGAGACCUGUCCUGUUUUUGUUUUACAUCAGCAUAACAACUUGAGGACAUGCUUUGCAGUGGUUACUCUGUUGUGUAAAAGUUUCAGAUUGUCCCUGUAAAAACAGAACUUAAGAACAUAUCUUUAAGUACUUGGUGACAUCUUCCAGCGUCAAUCCGCUUUUCUUAUGAUUUUUCUUAUAAGGAGCUGACUGAAACUGAAGGUACGGAUUACAGUUAGUUUAGUGCACUACACGCCGUCAUGGUAGUAUUUGGGAUAUAUUUUCAUUGAAGACUGGAAUCUGUGUUCUCUGUGUGAGUACAUUUGCGUAUAUAUGUGGAGACCACAAGCACGCAGUCGUACCUGCAGCUCCGCCGCCUCUGCAACUUGAAGAGAAAGUGGUGAUGGAGGUCAUCUCCAAACCGGCAGACUUUUUUUUUUUUUUUGUUUUGUAUCAGAAUCUGACUGUUGCACAGUUAAACUCCAGUAUGUUACUCCUAUUUAUUGUACUGACUGUCAUCAGGGCCAUGCUCCUGGGUGGCCUCAUGUAGACUUCAUGUUAUUCCAUUGAAAAGCUAACAAAUAAACCAAAUUUC